CCCUCCCCCAAGAAGUAAGGGACUGGAAGACAACAGAGAGCUAUGGAAGGGCGCGCAGCAAGAGGGAAAAGACAGGAGAAGGAGACACCCCUGUGCAGCUUGAGUAUUAGUCAGAGAGGUACAAAGCCAGGGGACUGGCUGCAGCCUCAUGGGAUUGUCCUGAAAAGAUAACAGCAGCUGUAGGAGCAUACAAGGGGGGAAAUGAUCAAUCAAUGAUCUGCGCUAACUCUGAAGAGCUAUCCUGCAGCCUGUGUUAUGCAGCAUUUCUUGACAGCUUCUAAGGGAAAGGAAAGAUGAACACAGAGGAUUUUGGGAAUGAGACCUCUCCAACACCUAGUAUCCUUGGAUUCCUUGUAACUACCACCAAGUUGGUCCCACUAAGUCCCAUGCCCCCAGGGGAGAAGCCAGACCCUUUGCCUAUUAUCAUCGCACUCAUCUGCAUCUUUCUCCUCCUGGCUACCUGUCUCAUCUUCAUCACUCUCUGCAAACCAGCAGCACUCGACCAGGCCCGCUAUGGGCCACACGAGUGCAUGCCCUACCACCCAGAGGAUGCCAGUGAACCAGAGCUAAGGUUCUGGAAGCGACUGGGCUCCCUAAGGCGUUCCAUAAACAGCUUCAGGCGGACCCAGCCUGUCUCCCAGUGCCAUCGGACCUGCUCAAGGAUGCCACCAGCCACCCAGGACUGGGACUUCAUGGAGUCCACUAAAAUGUGACAACUGUUUCUCCACCAUUCUGCUGCAAAAACCAACUCACCUCAUUGCACAAACACCCCAUUCACUGCUGUCAAUGAGAUCUCAAAUCAUCCAAUACCACUUUGCUGAGCACGGUGUCAGGACAGAGACCUUGGGAGAGCAGAGUGGCAGCGAUUCCCGUACCUACGGAAAUCUCUAAAGGAGUUCCACAGCCCAUAAUGUGGGAGCAUGACGUUUGUAAAGACCGGCUGAGGGAACCAGAUUACACCAAUGUGGCACUAUUUCUUGGGGCCCUACAAUCUGGAACUAACCAGCAGUGAGUGACAUAAGACCAGCAACAUCUGCUAGGGAAAGCAUUUGACAGAAGGCAUCACUAAUUCUAAAGCUCCUUGGAAAGUGUCUCCCUGGGGCUAAGGUGUCUAUUUCUCCAAGUUUUGGUAGUUUGAAGUUUUUCCUCCAUCUCUUUUACUAUAAAGACCAAAGGGUGCCCACGCGGAUAUUAAAAUAUUUGCCUUCUCUUCACAAACAGAAGCAUUAGGGUAUGUCUACACAUAAACCACAACAGUGGCACAGCUGCACCUCUGCAGUUGCAUUCCUAUAGGGAUUCAGUGAAGACAUUACCUACAACAACGGGAGGGGCUCUCCCAUUAGCGUAGGUACUAUGCCUCCCAGAGUGGCAGUAGGUAGGUCGACUGGAGAAUUCUCCCAUUGACCCAGUGCUGUCUAGGGUCGGG